AUGGUUUCUUUUGAGGUCACGUUGAACUCACCUCUCAACCAACCUACUCUCCCAGCUGUCUCAACCAACCUACUCUCCCAGCUGUCUCAACCAACCUACUCUCCCAGCUGUCUCAACCAACCUACUCUCCCAGCUGUCUCAACCAACCUACUCUCCCAGCUGUCUCAACCAACCUACUCUCCCAGCUGUCUCAACCAACCUACUCUCCCAGCUGUCUCAACCAACCUACUCUCCCAGCUGUCUCAACCAACCUACUCUCCCAGCUGUCUCAACCAACCUACUCUCCCAGCUGUCUCAACCAACCUACUCUCCCAGCUGUCUCAACCAACCUACUCUCCCAACUGUCUCAACCAACCUGCUCUCCCAACUGUCUCAACCAACCUACUCUCCCAACUGUCUCAACCAACCUACUCUCCCAACUGUCUCAACCAACCUACUCUCCCAACUGUCUCAACCAACCUACUCUCCCAACUGUCUCAACCAACCUACUCUCCCAACUGUCUCAACCAACCUACUCUCCCAACUGUCUCAACCAACCUACUCUCCCAACUGUCUCAACCAACCUACUCUCCCAACUGUCUCAACCAACCUACUCUCCCAACUGUCUCAACCAACCUACUCUCCCAACUGUCUCAACCAACCUACUCUCCCAACUGUCUCAACCAACCUACUCUCCCAACUGUCUCAACCAACCUACUCUCCCAACUGUCUCAACCAACCUACUCUCUCAACUGUCUCAACCAACCUUCUCUCCCAACUGUCUCAACCAACCUACUCUCCCACCCAACUGUCUCAACCAACCUACUCUCCCAACUGUCUCAACCAACCUACUCUCCCAACUGUCUCAACCAACCUACUCUCCCAACUGUCUCAACCAACCUACUCUCCCAACUGUCUCAACCAACCUACUCUCCCAACUGUCUCAACCAACCUACUCUCCCACCCAACUGUCUCAACCAACCUACUCUCCCAACUGUCUCAACCAACCUACUCUCCCAACUGUCUCAACCAACCUACUCUCCCAACUGUCUCAACCAACCUACUCUCCCAACUGUCUCAACCAACCUACUCUCCCAACUGUCUCAACCAACCUACUCUCCCAACUGUCUCAACCAACCUACUCUCCCAACUGUCUCAACCAACCUACUCUCCCAACUGUCUCAACCAACCUACUCUCCCAGCUGUCUCAACCAACCUACUCUCCCAGCUGUCUCAACCAACCUACUCUCCCAACUGUCUCAACCAACCUACUCUCUCCCAACUGUCUCAACCAACCUACUCUCCCAGCUGUCUCAACCAACCUACUCUCCCAGCUGUCUCAACCAACCUACUCUCCCAGCUGUCUCAACCAACCUACUCUCCCAGCUGUCUCAACCAACCUACCCGUUGAAACCCUAG